AUGUCCAUCGAAGUCAAUUGGGGGACCGCCACCUCUGGUCCGGACGGCGAGGCUCUAGCUGAGCGCAUCCGCUCUUUUAUCCACGACAAAUUCCAGCAGGUGCCCCUCCCGCGCUUCAUCCGCUCCGUCCAGGUUCACUCCUUCGACUUCGGGACCGUCGCCCCUGACUUAGAGAUCAAAGACUUUUGCGAACCAUUUGCCGACUUUUACGAGGAUGACGAAGACGGUGACUCGGGGUCAGAGAUCUCGGAGGAGCUCCAGCACCGUACUCACGACAAUCCGUGGGACAGAACGCAGUCCGAACUUAAUGAAACUUCCUUCCGAGAUGAUAGACCGGUGACUAGCCAUCAUGCGCUUCGGGACCCCUUCGAUGAGGACUUUCGCCAGCAUACCUCGUCGCCGUUACGGUCGCCGAUAGCCCUAGGUGACCACUUAAAUCCACACUUCCUACCCCGCGCGGGCACCCCAGGUAUACCCGGCGGAACUUCAACAUUGGGUUACCACCUUAUGUCACUGGGAGGUCUUUCGGGCACGCAGACUCCGCUCGCGGCUGUCGCUGGUGGCUCGCCUUUCACCACCAAUUGGACGGACCCGUCGCCAAUGGGACAAGGCAACAAAACGGGUAUUCGGCCAUCCCCGCUUCACCGCGCAGACGCCGACAUUGACUCCAGCAACCCAGCUUCCCGCCCUUCGACAGCAAGCACGCACCCUUCCGGCUCGAAUAGAUCCUCUCACCCCGACGGACAUCCAGAACAUAAUGACGACCCGAUCUCAUCGUCAGAAAACCCGCUCCUGCAAAACCAGCCUCCGCCACGCAUGCGAGAACGCCGACCUGAGGACUUCCAAAUCCUCUGCCACGUGAAGUACGCCGGAGACAUUCGCCUAUCGCUAACAGCUGAGAUCCUUCUCGACUACCCGAUGCCUAGCUUCGUUGGCCUUCCGCUAAAACUGAAUGUUACCGGCAUCACCUUCGACGGCGUCGCGGUCAUAGCAUAUAUCCGCAAACGCGUUCACUUCUGUUUUCUUUCCCCCGAAGACGCUGAAGCGCUGGUUGGCUCCGGCUCAUAUUCCGGCCAGCAGGAGACCCCGGGUCCAUCUACUGGUAGCAGUGGAGGCGGCAAUCCAAGCCCGCAUCAGAAAGGCCUCAGUCUUCUACAAGAAAUCCGAGUCGAGAGCGAAAUUGGCCGCAAAGAGGAUGGAAAACAAGUCCUCAAAAACGUGGGCAAAGUCGAGCGAUUCGUUCUGGCUCAGGUCCGUCGGAUAUUCGACGAGGAACUUGUUUUUCCAAGUUUUUAUACAUUUCUUAUUUAGUUAUGCACUCAGAUACCAUAUGCUAUAUACUUAUGACCCGCCUACCCUCGAUAAUGAGGGUAUACGGAGGACUUUCUGGA